UCGAGUUCUUCGCCAAUCUCAGAGGCGUCCCCCGGAAACUUCUUUCGUCCGAGAUCGAAACAUGCAUUCAACACUGUCAACUCGAAAAGUAUAAAGAUCAGUGUUGUGCUUAUUAUAGCCAUGCGACAACGUUGAAGAUGAAAUUAGCCAUUUCUAUGAUUGGAAAGCCAGUGUUGGUCGUUUUAGACGAACCGACCGAGGGAACUGAUCCGGUUACCAAGCAAAUAAUAUGGGACGCCUUGGACGAAAUCAAAAAGAAUGGCUGUUCUGUUUUAAUUACAACUCGCAGUAUGGAAGAAUGUGAAGCGUUGUGCGAUAGAAUUAUGGUGAUGAUUCGUGACAAAAUCAAGUAUUUCGGGAACUUGGACGGAUUCAAAAGCCAAUAUUCUGGCUAUAUCGUGGCGAUUACUCUGGAAGAAACGCCAAGGUAUAUCCGUGAUUUAGAUAAAUUGCGAAAAAUAAUGCAUUCCACUUUUGGCGGUCAUGACGACAUCGAGAACCGAGAAUUACUGGUGUACAAAACAACAGUUGACAUCACUUUAUACCAAAUGUUUUAUGCCAUGGAUCGCAUAAAAACGGCCAAUCCCAUUGUACUCCGCUACACUAUCAGUAAUAUGACUUGGGAACAUAUUAUUACAUAGCAAGAAAAUAAAUAAAUUAUAUUAUGUUGUUAAACUUUACAUUUAGUUGUUAGAAACCAAUUCCAAAAAUCCAAAGAGGAUCUAAAGAUACCUAAACAUUAUUGUGCAAUGUGCAUUUUGUGUACUGUAAAUACAAUGCUAAAAAAGUGAUAGUUUUACCUUAUAAUAAAUAAAUAGGUCGAAACUGUAAAAUCAACAAGAAUACUAGAAAUCCUAACCCGUCCUAUUGUACAGUUUUAUUACGCCUAAUCGGGCAAUUUGUACAAAAAAUAAUAUACAACGCAGUAUUAACAAUAAUAAAAAAAAAAUGGACAAUAAGAAGAAGACUAAAAUAAUAAUAUCUAGAUAUACCUAAUUUAAUACUUUUAUAGGGCCAUUCCAUUCCAUAUUAAAGAGCCUAUAAAUUCUUAGGAA